CUCCCUCUGCCAUCCCUCUUCUCAAAUCGUGAAGUCGGUGAUAGGUUUGUGUGAGGACUUUAUCCGAAGCACAACACCGAAAACUGUAUAUUUUAAGUUUAAUACCCAAUUGAAAAAACACAAAAAAAUCUGAAAAACUUGAAAACUACAAAAAAAUCGUGGAACGGUAGGUUUUUGUCGUAAGAAUAUUCCGUUUUCAGCACAUUUGAGAUCAGCAACAGUUGGUGGACGCCAUUUUAGUCGUUGAAACAUCGUCAGAAGAAAAAGAUUGAACACUUGUAGAACGUCAAAGAGAUACCAGUCAAAAUGGCAAUGAAUCCAGCAGGUCCUAGCUACCCAAUGGCGUCCCUGUAUGUGGGAGAUCUUCAGGCAGACAUUACCGAAGCUAUGUUAUUCGAGAAAUUCUCGACGGCUGGGCCAGUAUUGAGCAUUCGUGUGUGUCGGGACAUGAUCACCAGACGAUCACUUGGUUAUGCAUACGUCAACUUCCAACAACCAGCCGAUGCUGAGAGAGCACUUGACACCAUGAACUUUGACACCAUCAAGGGUCGACCUAUCAGAAUCAUGUGGUCCCAGAGAGAUCCAUCCCUGAGAAAAUCUGGCGUUGGAAAUGUGUUCAUUAAGAACCUGGAUAAGAGUAUUGACAACAAGGCUCUGUAUGAUACAUUCUCCGCUUUUGGAAACAUUCUGUCUUGUAAGAUUGUGACAGAUGAGCAUGGUUCCCGUGGAUAUGGAUUUGUGCAUUUUGAGACUGAGGAAGCUGCCAGAAAUGCUAUUGACAAAGUAAAUGGCAUGUUGCUCAACGGCAAGAAAGUAUUUGUGGGCAAGUUCAUGAACCGCCGUGAGCGUCUGGAGCAACUUGGUGACAAGAUGAAGAGAUUUAACAAUGUCUAUGUCAAGAACUUCGGAGACGAACUUGAUGAUGAAAAACUGCGUGAUAUGUUUGAGCCAUAUGGAAAAAUCAUCAGUGCAAAGGUGAUGAGUGAGGAAGGACCUAACAUGAAGCCAAGAGGGUUUGGCUUUGUCAGCUAUGAGGAUCCCGAAUCUGCAGAGAAGGCUGUUGAUGAACUGAAUGGCCUGGACAUCAAUGGUAAGACUCUGUACGCUGGACGUGCCCAGAAAAAGGCAGAGAGGCAGGCUGAACUCAAGGAUAAGUUUGAAAAAAUCCGUAUGGAAAGAAUCAACAGAUACCAGGGUGUCAACCUGUAUGUCAAAAACUUGGACGACAACAUUGAUGACGAGCGUCUUCGAAAGGAGUUCUCACAGUUUGGUACCAUUACAAGUGCCAGGGUGAUGUCAGAGCAAGGCCGCACCAAGGGCUUUGGAUUUGUGUGCUUCAGCUCACCUGAGGAGGCCACUAAGGCUGUGACAGAAAUGAAUGGUCGUAUUGUGGUAGCUAAGCCCCUGUAUGUGGCUCUGGCUCAGCGCAAGGAGGACAGGAAGGCCCAUCUCGCCUCCCAGUACAUGCAGCGCAUCGCAAGCAUGAGGAUGCAGGGCCAGCAGAUGGGACAGAUGGGCCAGAUGAGUCAGAUGUUCCAGCCAGGAGGUGGUGCUGGCUACUUCGUACCACAGAUGCCACAGACCCAGAGAAGCUUCUUCGCUCCACAGCAGAUGACACAGAUGCGUGCCAGUCCAAGAUGGCAGACUGUCCGUCAGCCAAACCCUGCAGGAGGCUUCCAGACAAUGCCAGCUGGACCACAAAUGCGUCAAUCCCGCCCAACAGGCCAGGCAGCAGUACGCAGCAACCUGAAUGCUCGUCCCAUCACAGGACAGACGGGUGCACCACAACCAAGGAUGGCCAUGAACCAACAGCCCAUGCCGGGUCGUGCACCUCCAAAUGUUGGGGCACCAAACGUCCAGACACAACCCAACAGAAGUGCUUACAAAUUUACUACACAGAUGCGCAAUCCACCACAACCAGUCCAGCCCAACCAGCCAAUGCAACAGCAGCCCCAGCAGGCCGUGCUUGUCCAAGGCCAGGAACCUCUGACAGCAUCCAUGUUGGCCGCUGCCCCUCCACAAGAGCAGAAACAGAUGUUGGGCGAACGUCUGUUCCCACUUAUCCAGAGGAUGUACCCCGAACUGGCAGGAAAGAUCACAGGCAUGUUGUUGGAAAUCGACAACUCCGAAUUGCUUCACAUGCUGGAGUCCCACGAAUCUCUCGAGGCUAAGGUGAAGGAAGCUGUUGCUGUACUUCAGGCUCAUCAAGCCAAGGAAACGUCCGGUGGCAAACCCGGCCCCGAAUAGGGCACUGUGCCCAAAUACCACUCCCCUUCCUCACCACAGCCAGACUACAGACCAUCUAAAGCUAUCAGAACUGUUACAUCUACCUACUAGUCAUCUCCAGUUUACUGCAUUUAACAUCGGAGAUUUAUAGGACAUCCAAAUCAAGACGGCGUCCUGUGUUAGGAUUCUGUUUUUGUUUGUUUGUGGUUUACACAAGAAUUCAUGUAAUGGAUAUUUUUUUGGGCAUUAUUUUUCUAUACCAUGGACUCCAUCGGAAUUGCUCAUAUAUGUCUGAUACACUCGUUUGUUUAUAUCAUCUCUGAUCCAGCUGUUUUACAUUCAUUCAAUACAUGUAGCCUGUUUUCAGAAAUCUACAAAAAUAGAUCGACGAUGGAGUGACUCCUGCUGAUGUUUUAAUGUCUCACCUCUGAUUGGUCAUAUAAUCCAUUACUGUAUACAAUUAUCUCUCGGUAGAAAACAUUCAGUAUUCAAUGUAAUGAAGUCAGUCUGCUGUGAGAAAUGUGAUCCAUUGUAUUAUUGUAUGAUAUGUAGAUAUCUGUGGCUAGGUGAUCUGUUUUACUGUACAAAUGUUGAAGGUGGAGGGGUGACUCACGAUUUGUUAUUAUAUCCUGAAGCGGUUGGUGUGUUAAGUGUUGGUGUCCAUGUUUCCAGUCUAUGGCUAACAUUACCAAAUAAUCCAACUCUCAACACAACUUCCAGACUUCAAACAGAAAAAAAAAAACUAAAAAAAUCGCAAAAACUUGUAAAAAUUCACAUAAAGAAAAUGGAUUAUUAACUUUAUCUUUUUUUUUUUUUAAGAAAACAGAAAAAAAAAAACUAUAUAUAUAUGAUAUAUGUAUGAAAAAUGAACAAAAAAAUUGAAAAACAUGUGAUAAAAGCCUGUGUAUAAACAUGUUGUAAACCUUGUUAAUUUUAGAGCUAGUUUGACCUGAGCAAGAAGCACAAACACCUGUUACAAACUGACGAAAACUUUAGAGAAGAGGGAGCGUUAUUUUAUGAGUACGAGGGAUUCAGUUAAUAAUCCUUUUUAUUCUGUUUUUUUUUUCUUUCAGAAAAUUUUUAGUUCAAAUAAAACUUCCGUUUCAU